GCACGAACAAUUUUACUCUCUUCGCAUUCUUUUUUUUAUAUUUUCACAUUUUCAUUUCGUUCGCGGUUUUCUCGGGUUAUCAUAACAAACUCUUCUAGACAAAAGCAUACAACCUAACAAAUAUUAUUAAAUCGUUUGCGAAACGUCUUCUUUUUAUCUUCUCUUCGCAUCGCCAUCGUUGAGAUCUUUUAAUUUUUUUUUAUUUUUAUACAUUUUUAUUUGAUGAUUUUCGGACCCAAAAAAAUAAAGAGAUUCAGUCGAUGGCCAUCUGUCGAGCUUAAAUGUUCACAUAUGCUGUUUUCAAAAAAGUUAUCAAUACGACGCCGGCUUUUCGUCAUCAUCGUCGCUCUCUUGCUAACAUUCUCUGUAAUUGUUUUAGUGAAUCAGUCAAAUGUUAUCAAUUAUGCUUAUUUUUUUUAUAAAAAAAUCAAAAUUAAUGAACCAGAUUUACAACUCGUGACAUCAUGGAAUGUGAACUUAAAUUCAUAUCUUCAAUCGACAAAAUCAAUACGACAAUCAGUUCAAAGUAUCAAUGAACAACAAAUGAUACUUAAUGAGAGUUUAUUUGGAAUAUCAACAAACUUCACAGUUGUCAUUGUGGUUCAAGUUCAUAGGAGACUUUCAUACUUGCGUCAACUUGUCGCAAGUCUUUCACAUGCUAAAGACAUUGAAAAAGCACUGUUGAUCUUUUCUCAUGAUUAUUAUGAUGACGAAAUAAAUCAGCUGGUGCAGAAAAUAACAUUUUGUCGUGUUAUGCAAAUAUUUUAUCCUUUCUCAAUCCAAAUUUAUCCGAAUGAGUUUCCUGGCAGUGAUCCGAGAGAUUGUCAACGAAACUUAGAUAAAACGACUGCAAUCAACAGUAAAUGUUUGAACGCUCUUCAUCCUGACCUUUAUGGUCAUUAUCGUGAAGCUCCUUUCACACAAAUGAAACAUCACUGGUGGUGGAAGUUGAAUCGAAUAUUUGAUCAACUCGAAGUGACACAAAACCACAACGGGCUGUUGUUGCUUCUCGAAGAGGAUUAUUACGUUGCACCUGACUUUCUACAUGUUUUAGAGCAACUUCAUGAGAGGUCAAGCAGCUUGUGUUCAUAUUGCAAUAUCAUCUCUCUUGGAACAUAUUCCGAAGCGAUCACACGAAUAAACUAUGACCAGAUAGAAAUAUCGCCUUGGAUUACAAGCAAGCAUAAUAUGGGAAUGGCUUUUUAUCGUGAGACAUGGAAUGAGAUAAAGUCAUGUGCAAAAUAUUUUUGUGAUUACGAUGAUUACAACUACGAUUGGUCAUUGCAAAAUAUUAAUUACAAAUGCUUGGAGAAUAAACUUAAUGUGAUGAUUAUUCGUGGUCCGCGAGUGUUUCAUAUUGGUGAAUGCGGAAUGCAUCACACAAAGACUGACUGUGAUCAAUUAACCUCAAAAUCACAACAGAUGAUCAUAAAUGCUUCCCUUUCUGGUCAUUUAUUCCCAAGGAAUCUCAAACUUACCAGAACUUUAGACCAUGACGAUGUUUCAGAUACGCUUAAGCCCAAUGGUGGUUGGGCAGAUAUACGUGAUAUUAUGUUGUGUCUUAACAUGACCAUGCAUGAAUGAAUGCAAUAAAGUGUGUGCGUGUGUGUAUGAUUAAUUAUUUCUCUUCCACAUGAUGAAUAUUGGAAGCCAUGAAGCCAAAGUUAAAAAUAUGAAAAUUGUCAUAAAAUAUUAAAAUCAGGAGAUGAAAUCAAAACUUCAAACCGAAGAAUGAAAGAUACAAAAUUGACACUUGAUGAUAACGAUAAUACCGAAAUUUUUAUACAACGAAGUUCAUUCAUACAGUGCCAUAACAAUACUUAACCAGCCAUGUUAACACUUAAUAAUUAAAAUAUCAAUUUUUCACAUCUGAAUAUUUUUCUCUUUAAUUCUUGAUGAGAAUUCAAGAUGAAAGAACUUUGAAGAAACUUAAAUGGCUUUCCAGUGUUAAUCAAAAUCACUUGUUUGAAAAUGAGUCGCUUUGUUGUUUUUUACACUUCUCAUCACGUGUGCCUAAAGAUCUAUGAAUAAGAUGAAUCUUGAGUUACAUCUCCAUGUUAUUUACUUAUAUAUACCAAAAAUAGGAA